AAUAGUUUUGAGGGUUGCAAGCGUUCAAGCUCAUACAAAGGUCUCUCUAGGGUUUCUUUCUUAAACCUCCGCCACUCUCCGCAUUAUAACGAGGUUAAAGAGACGGCGCUGCUCUUGCUGUCCGCCUUGAUUGAGCUGUAGUUGGUUCGUCUUGGCCCUCGAUUUUGCUUUAACAGUAACACCCUUUAUCUUCUCUUUUCAAACCCCGAAUUAUCAAUAAUGGGCAAGCUCUCAAAGGCCGAGAAGAAGAUCAACUACGACUCCAAGCUAUGCCAGCUCUUGGACGAUUUCACCCAGGUCCUUAUUGUGGCUGCUGACAAUGUUGGAUCUACCCAGCUCCAGAACAUUCGAAAGGGUCUUCGUGGGGAUUCAGUGGUUCUCAUGGGUAAGAACACUAUGAUGAAGCGCUCAAUCAGAAUCCACUCUGAGAAGACUGGCAACCAGGCCUAUCUCAAUCUCAUUCCCCUUCUCGUGGGUAAUGUGGGUCUGAUUUUCACCAAGGGUGAUUUGAAGGAAGUUAGUGAAGAGGUUGGAAAGUACAAGGUUGGAGCCCCUGCUCGUGUGGGUUUGAUUGCCCCAAUUGAUGUGGUUGUUCCUCCUGGCAACACUGGUCUCGAUCCAUCACAGACCUCCUUCUUCCAGGUGCUUAAUAUCCCAACCAAGAUUAACAAGGGUACUGUCGAAAUUAUCACCCCUGUUGAGCUCAUCAAGAAGGGUGACAAGGUUGGUUCCUCUGAGGCUGCCCUUCUUGCCAAGCUUGGCAUCAGGCCAUUUUCAUAUGGUCUUGUUGUCGAGUCUGUUUACGACAAUGGUUCAGUCUUCAGCCCAGAGGUGCUUGACCUGACUGAGGAUGACCUUGUUGGGAAGUUUGCUUCUGGCGUAGCUAUGGUUACCUCAUUGGCAUUGGCCAUAUCUUACCCCACUAUUGCUGCUGCUCCUCACAUGUUCAUCAAUGCCUACAAGAAUGUUCUGGCUGUGGCUGUUGCUACCGAAUAUUCCUUCCCACAGGCUGAUGAAGUCAAGGAGUACUUGAAGGACCCUAGCAAGUUUGCUGUUGCUGCCGCCCCAGUGGCUGCUGCCGCUGCAGGCGGAGCUGCCCCAGCUGCUGCCAAGGCUGAAGAGAAGAAGGAAGAACCGGCUGAAGAGUCAGAAGAUGAUGAUAUGGGAUUCAGUUUGUUUGAUUAAGUUAUAUGUUAGUUGUUUUGACCAUUUUAGGAUUUUGAUUUCGUUUUAUCUUAGUUGAAAAAGAUUUCGUUUGUUGGCAGUUCAAUACAUUUUCGUUUUUAUUUCAAAUUUUCCAGAGAUUCAACAAUUUUAUAUGAAUGGUUUUUUUAGGUUAUUAAGUUAAUUUUUCGA